CAGAGGUGAAAAUUGCCUUUGGUGGAUCCACCUGCAGCAGACAGACCUGUCUGGGAGAAAGAGGUAGUUUUCGCCUGGAUCAGCUCUCUGACCAGUCCACCACUGUUGCAUCCAAAUUACAAGCCAGCCUCAAGGGUAGAAAGACAUGACAUGAAUACCCUGAGCUUGCCACUUAACAUUCGCCGCGGAGGCUCUGACACCAACCUGAACUUUGAUGUUCCAGAUGGAGUCCUAGAGUUUCACAAAGUUAAACUCAAUGCAGAUAGCUUGAAACAGAAGAUCCUCAAGGUCACAGAACAAAUCAAAGUUGAACAAACAGCUAGAGAUGGAAAUGUGGCUGAGUAUUUGAAACUAGUAAACAGUGCAGACAAGCAACAGGCUGGGCGCAUUAAACAAGUCUUCGAGAAAAAGAACCAGAAAUCUGCGCACUCCAUUGCCCAGCUGCAGAAGAAAUUGGAACAGUAUCACAAAAAGCUCAAGGAUAUUGAACAAAAUGGAUCCUCCAAAAAUUCUAAGGAUACUUCCAAAGAUAACUUGAAAGAUACUCAGCAUGGAAAGCUUCGUACCUCUGGGCAUGGAACUGAGAGCAGCAAAUCGGGUGUCCCGGGUGUCUCCUUAACACCACCUGUCUUUGUUUUCAGCAAGUCUAGAGAGUUUGCAAACUUGAUUCGAAACAAAUUUGGUAGUGCAGACAACAUCGCUCAUCUCAAAAAUAGUCUGGAUGAAUUUCGGCCAGAAACCAGUUCUAGAACAUAUGGUGGCAGCGCUACUAUUGUGGCCAAACCAAAAUACGUUAGUGAUGAUGAAUGCUCAAGUGGUACCUCUGGCUCUGCAGACAGUAAUGGGAAUACUUCCUUCGGCGCUGCUGUGGCGGGCACCCUGGACAGCCAAGGAAAACUUUCCAUGAUUUUGGAAGAACUAAGGGAAAUUAAGGAGACGCAGUCCCAAUUAGCUGAUGACAUUGAGAAUUUAAAAACACAAUUUAAAAGAGACUAUGGCUUUAUUUCUCAGAUGUUACAGGAGGAAAGAUAUAGAUAUGAAAGAUUGGAAGACCAGUUAAAUGAUCUGACUGAUCUUCAUCAACAUGAGACAGCAAACUUGAAACAAGAGCUAGCCAGCAUAGAGGAGAAAGUGGCAUAUCAGGCAUACGAGCGAUCACGAGAUGUUCAGGAAGCCUUGGAAUCAUGCCAGACCCGGGUUUCAAAGCUGGAGCUCCAUCAGCAAGAACAGCAAGCACAGCAGUCUGAAACGGUUAAUGCCAAAGUGCUCCUGGGGAAAUGUAUAAAUGUUAUCCUGGCCUUCAUGACUGUCAUCUUAGUAUGUGUCUCUACUAUUGCAAAGUUCAUUGCUCCUAUGAUGAAGAGCCGCUUUCAUAUCAUCUGCACUUUUUUUGCAGUGACACUGCUGGCAAUAUUUUGUAAAAACUGGGAUCAUAUCAUUUGUGCCAUAGAACGGAUGAUUAUACCAAGAUGAAGCUGCUGGUCUGGCUGUUCUGUUUUUCUUUUCUUCCUCUCCUCCCCCCUGUUUUUUAAGAAGUGCUGUGCAUAUACAAGCUACCUUUAUUUUUUGUCUAUUUAAAUGCGUAGACUGGAUGAAGAAGGCUUGGACUUUAAGGUGUAAAUACAUAAAUGCAUACUUCUUGACAGCCAGUUGCCUGUUUAAUCGGAUUGUGUCUAUUUGGCUAUGUCUGUGAUUAACUGCUCACUUGUGUCAGUCUUCUGCCUUAAUCCAAUUGGUUUUCCAAUUUAGAAAACUACAACCACAAAAAAGCGUGAUAUCUUGGGAGGGAUCCAAGUAACUGGAAGUAUAAGGUGUGCUUUUUACUGGAGUGGAGGGAAAAGAUUAUGAUCAGGAGGGAGCAUAUCAUAAAGUGUGUCAGCCCUGUCAGACAAAUAAAGUAGUCUUCUCUCUGAAUCCAGUUAGAAUGACAAGGCAAAUUAUGCAGUCAUAUGUAUUAAUAUUUCCUGAUUCUAAAUUACUAGAUAUCUGCAUAUGGCUUCCAGUUUUAAGGAGCAGGAGAACUUGAUGCUCAUGCCAGUAACCCUUUGCACAGAAAGCUUAUUUUUCAAAAAUUAGACCAGUGAUGACUAUGGACCACAGUUAGUUAUUGCUCUAUCCUGGCACUCUUCCUUUGAUCACACUCAGGAAAUAGAUACAUGUGUGUAAGGCUUCCAAAGAUGAUGAACUGAACUGAAUGACAAAAUCUCCAGGUCACUUAGUAAAGAAGGGAGACCCAAGCACGCACUCACUUCAAGCACUGCAGCUUGCAAGGGGAAAGUACACAAGGAAGGCAAUGUUUAGCUUAGCCUUUGUUAGCACUGACUUGUUGGGAUUGUCUGACCGAAUGCAAAGCAGAUAGGUGGUGGGACUCUAGGUACAGUGGGUAUUUUUUCUUUUGACAGACUAAGGGACGUGGAAGAAGCAUCAGGGAACAGAUCCUUAGAGAAGGGAGUUGAAUUUCUGUAUAUAAUAAGAGCACUGUGCAGACUCUCUUGAUGAGUAUAAUGAAAAUAAUGUGUUAGCAUACAGUCCACUACUAGGAGACAGAGUUGGUUUUGUUUUCUUAA